AUGGCCGAAGCUACCAGUGUGCCCAAGCCAGGCAUGACGGCUGUUCCUGUGCCCCUACCUGUACCAGAGACAGCAGAGAACCUUCGGCCGACCCGAGCUCCUCGGCCUCCUAGACCCAAUUACAGGCACAUCCAUCGCUUUCCUCUUCCAGUCAAUGUCCAUCAUGUUCCUUCAGUAAUUCCUCAUAACCCUCUUUCCCUCAUUAGUGUUGCCCUCUCGUACCUCACCUUCCUUAUCUCUCCUCCACACCAAGAGACCUAUACCGCAUACUUCGACUCGGCUACCUCGUCCGUUCAUGUCACCGAUGAGAAGACGAUUAGAGCCUUGUGGGAGAUGGGGUUCUUCGGUAAAGGUAGUCUGAGUCGAAGUGAGCCCAAUUGGUUGGAGCAGGAGAAGAAGAGGAGGGGCUUGAUGGGCGGUAAUACUGUCGAGGAAGCUACACGCAAGCGCCGCGCUGAACGCCGUCAACUGAAGUUGGAGCGAGCCAGACAUGAGAGACUGGCGGUUGAGGAGAGACUCAAGGCCGAGGCGGCUGCUCGUGAAACUGGUUCUGUGGACGGGUUAUCUGUCGAUGGUGCUGCGGAGGCUGCAACUAUCUCCGUUGAGAAGUUCUCUGUUAAGAAGGCCAUGGAAGCGAAGUAUCAUGAGAGACGACAACAAGCAAUUCAGAACAAGAAUACCGCCGGGUCUACGGAUCCAUCUCCCACAAUCGACGGCUCAUCAGGUCAACUCUCUCCAGUCGUGGAGAAGAAAGACGUUGUCGCCGCUUCAACUAUCGCAACCCAAGCCCUCGAUGAAGAACUAAAUCUUGACACCCUCGAAAAUAAAGAACACCUACAAUUGUCUACCGAAGAGACCUUCUUCCUCGUUUACGCGUUGGGUGCACUACAAGUUGUCGACCGUCAUAAUAACGUCGCCAUCCCGACCUCAUCUCUUUUCUCCCUUCUCCGUCAUCAUUCCUACUAUCCUCCCCGCCCCGAUUCUUCUCAACUCGAGGUCGAUGACCCUUUCAUGAUAUCCUAUGUGGUGUAUCACCACUUCCGUUCUCUCGGCUGGGUUGUGCGCUCUGGAGUGAAAUUCGGAACCGACUAUCUCCUCUACAAUCGCGGGCCGGUUUUCUCCCACGCUGAAUUCGCAGUCAUUAUCAUUCCUUCCUACAGUGAUCCCUAUUGGUCUCAGACCCAGGAGCGUAAGGAAUAUGCGGCCAACAAGCAAGCCCGUAGCUGGUGGUGGCUGCACUGCGUCAAUCGGGUUCAGGCUCAAGUCAAGAAGAGCUUGGUAGUUUGCUAUGUGGAUGUCCCUGCUCCCGUUCAAACUUCUGCGGAUAUUGGGGCUGAAAUUGGUCACUAUCGGGUUCGCGAAUUUCUCCUUCGACGAUGGGUUCCCAAUCGGACUCGGGAUUGA